AAUUACAAGGGUAUAGCUGGUGUGUUUAUUGUAGAAGCGAGACUCGAGAGAGGCUUUCAAGUGAGGCCGGUACUCGGUAGCGUGCGCAAGAGCAGUUACUAACUCGGUGUUGAAACAUGUGGUCGUUGUUAUUGUUAACCUGCGCAGUAUUUGCAGGUGUCAAUUCGAACGCCUCUGUUGCUAGCAUCCACAAUCUGAAUGAAGGAGAGAGUCUACAUACCGGUGUUCUGACCUUUUUCAGAAAUGUUAUAAAAUGUUACCUAGAGACACCAGCUAAAACAAUUAUUGAAUUUAAACCAAACAACAAUUCUGAUGAGAAAUAUGAAUUACUAGAAGACAAUGAAGUAAGUCAGUGUCGUGUGACGAUCCAUAAUGUUGAUGUUAACGACAAUGGGCUCUGGAUACUACAUUCUGUGGAUGAUGGCGACUCUCGUAGUUCCGAAUCUUAUAAUCUGACGGUAAAUUUAUCACAAGUCCCCGAAGAAGAAUCUAAUUCCGAGCCAGAAGUUGAAGUAGAGUACCUACCACAACAAACUAAUGAAACUGUUCUUGGAGGUUCGCUCUCUAUGCACAUUCCAGAUGUGUUUCUUGUGACUACUGAAACUUGCAAAGUGAUUUCACCGUCUGGUCAAAACUACGACUUAAAAAAUGAUAAUUUUACCGGUAUUGAACUUCAUACAUCAGCUGUUUCUUCUUGUGGUGUAAUAAUCACAGUUGUCGGAGAAGAAUUUGUUGGCAAUUGGACCUUAAUAGCUGAAGGCUUACGUUAUGGCACAGACCAUAUCGAAAGAAGAUUACCGUUUGUUAUCAAAGUAGAAGAGAUGGUCGAGGCGUCACCAAGUAGCCUGACUGUUGCUACAGGAAAUAAUUUUAUAGCAAGCUUAGCAAAUCCAAUAGCAAAUCCUGAAACUUGUCGUAUUCUUACACCCCAAGGAGAUAUUUAUAGAAAUGCCAAUACAACACAAGUUAACACAUGUAGCUUUAACGUGAAUGCAGUAACAGCAAAUGAUAAUGGAACUUGGUAUAUUAUAUAUGGAAAUGCUAUCACAUACAGGGCUCCAGUCGAUGUUCUUGUUGUAGAAACCAGUAACUCGACUGGCAUUUCAAAUUUAAUAUGGACUUUAGACAAACCGAUUGAAACCACAAUCGGUCCAGAAGAUGCUAUUUACUGUAAAGUAACUGAUCCAAAAGGACAUACAAUAUUUGAGGGCUUCGGAAAAUGCAACGUGAACCUCCAAAGAGUAAAAGUUGAACAUCACGGAACAUGGACUGUUGCUGUUGGAGUACAUGGACACGUGCUCCCUCAGGAGUCACAAUUUACUGUCAGUGUUGUUGAGGGUGAACCUAAGGCUGUGGUAAAUACUAAUGUUGUCAGAAGCGAACCAUUUGUAUCAAUUACUUGCUCAGUGCAAAGUAAAUACGAGGUCCGUGCUUGCAAGUUCCGAGACCCAAGUGGAAGAGUACUGUUGGCUCAUGAUGGAGUUGGCCAGAGCAGAUACACAUUCCAUGGAAGUGUUGUAAACUAUCAAUCAGACAUGCAGGCUCACGUUUGCGGUCUGAAUAUAACAAACCCUGUGGUCCAGGACAUCGGCUUAUGGCGAUGUGCCGUGGAAACUGAUGGGGACAUCUACUACGGCCAUAUCAGUGUACUGUGCCCCUGGGUGUUGAGAGACCCUGAAGUUGCUGCUGCCAUUGUUACAAAGCCAACACUAACAGCAAGUCGCACAACUGUCAGUAGCCUGGCAGGGGAAAGCGUUACAUUGUCUUGUUCUAUACAAGCUGCCAUAAAAUACUGCUACUUCCGGUCAAGAAAUGGAACCAUCUUCAAUGUUGCUCCUGGCCAGACCAGUGACAUUGCUAGUUACGUGGGCGCUGGACUAGAUGCCGGAGAGUGUGGCAUACGAUUCUCUAGCUUAGGUGUGAGUGAUUCUGGAUCUUGGAGCUGCCAUGUGGGACUGUUGAAUACUUCAGCGGAAUUACAGCAUGCCACCAUUACUGUCGAAAUUGAAGAACCAAUGAAAGUGGUCCAGUAUUUGAACCAAAACGUUGUGGCGGUGGAGGCUUCUGUGUAUCAGCAAAGACACGUGGAGUACUGCGUCUUCGUAAGAAUUGACGGACUCGGCUUCACAAUAGACAAUGCACCUGAAGGAUACCAUUGCCUGGUGCAUCCAUCCCGAGGAUUCUGUGAGCUGAGGAUAUCAAACCCUACCAUCCUGGAUCACCAUCCUUGGACCGUCAUUGCAAAGAUUAGAGGCCAGGAUGUUGAGAUCACCCGUACAACAGAUUCCACGUUCAGGAUGCCGAUACAAACUUCUCCAGGUUUUCGUAUGCCGUCUGCUUGGAUGGCUGUAAUGAUUGCUGGUCUGUCCAUGAUGAUGUUGGCAGCUCUGUUGGGACCUAGUAAGAAUAGAACAUGGGUUUCCACGCAAACAAAUACGUUACGAAGCAGCUUUAGAAACAGUUUUAGGAAACCAGUUCCAACAAACACUCCAACAGCCGCAUAAAAAAUAUUGAUGGGUGCCUUACUGCGUGGCAAUAUUUUAACAAUUUAUAAUAUUAAAUUAUUAUAUAUAUAUGUGCCAAACACUCGUUAUUCGACAGACUUUGAAUUAAUUUUAAUAUAUAUUACUGCAAUGAUAUUUAUAAUGUAUAAGCUUAUAUGUCAACGGUUUGUAGAUUGACCUUCUGUUAAGGGCUUCACAUACGGCAGCUAUAAGGUAUAUUAAUGUACAUUACAUUCCGGGAUGCUUUAAUAGUUAUUUAUGCAACUGUUGUGUAAUAAGGGGUAUUAAAACAGGAACGUGGAUUUAUUUCACGAGGCGAAGCCGAGUGUGAUAAUAGUAUCACAUGAGUGUUUUAAUACCUAAUUAUCAACAGUUGCAUACAAGACUUUAUCUACACCCAAAAUAUGAAUCCUCUAAAAGAUUCUGAAACAGUUAGCUUACUGCUAACAUUAAAACAGCCAGUCCUAGUAGUAACCUAAUAUCAUCCAUAACAGAUUAUAUACAAAUAAACUAAGUAUUAAUGAAAGAAUUAUUUAUUUUAGUAGUAAUUUACAUUUUGUAUAGUGCAAUAAAUAAAAUUCACUUGAAUAUUAUGUUCUUUUGGAAAUUAAUCGCUCAUUUUUUGUAAACAAAACAGUAAAAAUAACGAAGAAAAAUGGCGGGGAUUGGAAUAACCUACUUUUUUUUACGGCACGCAACGUUCUGGUAGUGUGGAACGCGCGUACAACCAAAAUGUUCUUUAUUUGAAAUUCAUACAGAUGCCACGCAUCGAGCAAUAAGAAUGUGUCUGUCUGUCAAGACUCUUUGAGCAUGAAGGGAAUGAAAAAAAAAUAGGAGUGUUGUUAUGAAAUUCAGUACAACAUUACAACACUCUUUUGGAUGAUGUAAUGGUUAUUUGAACAUUGGGUGUUUUAAUGUUGGCAAUAAGCUAACUGUUUCAGAAUCUUUAAUAGAGGAUUUAAAGCAUGGGUGUAGAUAAAGUAUAUUAAUGUAUGUUACACACAACAGGUAAUAUAAUGAAUCUUUCCCUUAAUUCUAUUGAUUUCCAACCCGACUUUGUAUUUGAGAUUUUUAAAGAUGUAUCGUAAUAUAAUUUUUGUAUAUUUUCGUAUCGCUCUGUAUCUUAAGAUAUGAAUAUGUAAAAAUGUAAAUUAUAGCUGUGUGUGUGGUCCACUGUUGAUUUCUAUGGACAGAUGUACACUUUUUAAUAUAGCUGCCGUCUGCGAGGAGACUUACUUAUCUGGGUAUUAGCGAUACUGUUCUGUUUCUUAUUCUUCGUCGGAUUAGUCUUGCAAGAGCAGUCGUGGUCACGUCGAACGACGAUCAAUUCUACGCCAGUUAUCCCUGGCUGUUGCUUCUCUGGCUCUUCUCUUCUCUUCUAAGAGAGCUUCUCUGUGUUGAGGGGAGUUCUGUUAGCUAUAAUAUAUUAUUAUAUACUAUAAUCCUUUACUAUAAAAAAUAUUUGACUAAUAUUUAACUUAGUAAUGUUUACAUUAUUUCUUAAUAAUUAAUUUAAUGUUAUAUAUAAAUAUGAACAAAAUUGUACUUAAAUUGUAAAUAAUUGUAUUAUGCUGUUGUGUUUAUUAAAGUUUUAUAUUUGGAUUUGUGUUUUAUACGACUUCGCGUUUUAAAUAAAUGUUUCAAUUAUAAA